AUGGAUACAAAUAAGGGGAAAAGACGUAAUGGAACCUUUAUUUGCUUAUUAAACAAUGGCUCUGACAUCAAUUUAUGUACCAACGAUAGCGUCAAUCCUCUUUCUAUGGCUUGCCAAAAUGGACAUGAUAUCACGGUACAACUGUUACUAAACAACGGUGCUGACAUUAAUUUACGUAACAAGAAUGGAGUCAGUCCUCUUUAUAUAGCUUGUCAAAAUGGACAUGAUAAAACUGUUCAACUGUUACUGACCAACGGUGCUGACAUCAAUUUAUGUGAAACUAAUGGAUGCAGUUCUCUUUGGAUAGCUUGUCAAAAGGGACAUGAUAAAACUGUUCAGCUGCAACUGACCAACGGUGCAGACAUCAAUUUAUAUGAAAAUGAUGGAGUCAGUCCUCUUUAUAUAGCUUGUCAAAAUGGACAUGAUACCACGGUACAACUGUUACUAAACAAUGCUGCUGACAUUAAUUUAUCUUGUCAAAAUGGACAUGAUAAAACUGUUCAACUGUUACUGACAAAUGGUGCCUACAUCAAUUUAUGUGAAAAUGAUGGAGUCAGUCCUCUUUAUAUAGCUUGUCAAAAUGAACAUGAUGGCACGGUACAGCUUUUACUGAACAACGGUGCUGACAUCAAUUUAUAUAGUAAUGAUGGAGUCAGUCCUCUUUAUAUAGCUAGUCAAAAUGGACAUGAUAAAACUCUUCAACUGUUACUGACCAACGGUGCCGAUAUUAAUUUAUGUAGUAAUGAUGGGGUCAUCAGUCCACUUUUUAUGGCUUGUCAAAAUGGACAUGAUAUCACGGCACAACUGUUACUAAACAACGGUGCUGACAUUAAUUUAUGUAACAAGAAUGGAGGCAGUUCUCUUUGGAUAGCUUGUCAAAAUGGACAUGAUAGCACGGUACAACUGUUACUGGACAACGGUGCCUACAUCAAUUUAUGUAGUUAUGAUGGAGUCAGUCCUCUUUAUAUAGCUUGUGAAAAUGGACAUGAGAUUAAGGUACAACUGAUAUGGAACAAUGGUGCUGACAUUAAUUUAUGUAACAAGAAUAGAGUCAAUCCUCUUUAUCUAGCUUGUCAAAAUGGACAUGAUAGAACUGUUCAGCUAUUACUAACAAAUGGUGCCGAUAUCAAUUUAUGUAGUAAUGAUGGGGUCAGUCCUCUUUGUAUAGCUUGUCAUAAUGGGCAUGACAGAACCCUACAGCUGUUACUGAACAACGAUGCCGACAUCAAUUUAUGUGAAAAUGAUGGAUGCAGUCCUCUUUAUAUAGCUUGUCAAAAGGGACAUAAUAGCACGGUACAACUAUAACUAAACAACGGUACCAACAUCAAUUUA